AUGUCGAGUUCAGAAGAACGUCUUAACGAAUUAGAGGUUAUAAAAACUAAACUUGAUGUUUCAUUUGACCUGGUUUCUUCUGUAGUCGACUCUUGGGUUGGUGGAAGUGGCGGCCUUAAAUAUAAGGCGACUUCUGAAAAGAAGCUAAAACGUAAAUUAAUACAAAAAAAUGUAUAUAAUGAUGUUGAUAAUUUAAACUACACAAAGGAUAAUAAAUCGGAAGAUGAAGAUGAGGACGACAGUAAAACUUUUGCUACGUCUAAAAGAUCAAAAUUAGAUUCUGUCACUAAUUAUCGUAAUGGAAAAACAAUCUUACAAAAUGAUUUUUUGUCAUUGCAAAUAUAA